AUGGCGGGAGGCGGCGGCGACAUGGAGGCGACGAGGGACGCGGGGAGGAGCGGCAGGGUGGAGCGGGUGGCGCUGCCGGCCGGGAUGGUGCUGGUGCAGGUGUUCACGGUGGUGACGAUGUUGAUGUCAAAGCUGGCCCUCAACGCCGGCAUGCACCCGCUGGUCCUCCUCGUCUACCGCAACGUCGUCGCCGCCGCCGCCGUCGCGCCCCUCGCCCUCAUCUUCGAGAGGGAUCUCUGGAAGAAACUGAACCUGGCGGUGCUGGCCUGGAUCUUCAUCAACGCCACCUUCGGAGUCCUGCUGGCAAUGGGGCUCUACUACUGCGGCCUGCGUGCCACCAACGCCGCCUACGCCGUCGACUUCCUCAACCUCAUCCCCGUCGCCACAUUCCUCAUCGCCGUCGCGCUCCGUGCCGAGCGCCUCUCCCUCGCCUGCUGGCCGGGUAGGACCAAGCUCCUUGGCGCUGCCGCGGGCGUGGCCGGUACCAUGGUCGUCAGCCUCUGCAAGGGCACCCACCUCCUCCUCCCGCACCUGCGGGUAUCCCACUCCCACGGCGCCAAACCUGUCACCUCCGUCCAUGGCGGCCAGAACAUGGUCGUCGGCACGUUGUUCCUGGUCAGCAGCUGCGUGAGCUACGCGCUCUGGUUCGUUGUCCAGGCCAGGGUCGCCCUGGUGUUCCCGUCGAGGUACUGGACCACUACCCUGACCUGCAUCGCCGGGAGCGUCCAGUCCGCCAUCGCAGCCGCCGUGGUGGUCACCCUCACCGGCUCCGGCGCCGGCAGCUUGGGAUUGACAUCGGAGGCGUGGAGGCUGCAGUGGGACAUGCAGCUCGCCACGGUGGUCUACUCCGGGGUGUUCAACACGGGGGUGACGUUCGUGCUCGUGUCCUGGGCGGUGGCUCGCCGUGGGCCCGUGUACCCGCCCAUGUUUAACUCGCUCUCGCUGGUGGCAACCACUGUGGUCGACGCCCUCGUGCUCGGCACCGACGUCUACCUAGGCGGCGUGCUCGGGGCGGCGCUCGUCGUGCUGGGGCUCUACGCCUUCCUCUGGGGCAAAGGUAAGGAGCUCGCCGCCGCCAAGGCCAGGGAGCUGGACCGGCCGACUGGAAACGACGACGAUGGCAUUGCCUAG